AUGGACAACAUCACUCUUAAUAUGGAAAUUCUACAGCUGGAGGGAUUAAAGGUUAGCCCAUCGUUCUCUGUUCCUGCCUUCAUCCUCCUCCUCCUCAUCUACAUCUCCAUCAUGGUGACCAACAUCUGUCUGGUCGCACUGAUCUUCAUGGAGAGGAGCCUGCAUGAGCCCAUGUAUCUGCUCCUCUGUAACAUGAGUAUUAACGAUGUGUUUGGGGCCACAACCAUUAUUCCUCCCAUCCUGACUCAUGUCUUUACUCCAGUGUCGAGGCGGUACAUCAGUUAUAAUGAAUGCGUCAUUCAGGCCUUCUGUGCUCACUUUCAUGCAGGUGUCGCUCACACAGUAAUCACUAUCAUGGCCUUAGAUCGCUACGUAGCAAUCUGCAGCCCCCUGCGGUACGCCACCAUCAUGACCACCAGCAUGGUGGUGAAGCUGUCUGUGUCAGCCUGGGGCGUAGUUUUUCUUUUAGUUGUAACUGUCAUAGGCCUCAGUGCCCGCUUGUCUCGCUGCAGGAAUUCGGUAUACAACCCGUUCUGUGAUAACGCCUCCUUGUUCAAGCUGUCCUGUGAAAAUGUUCUCAUCAACCACAUCUACGGCCUGGGCACCGCCAGUGUCACAAUGGCGUGCUCCCUGGGCAGUGUAAUAGUCACUUAUCUGAGGAUUGCCAUGGUGUGUUUGAGCAGUAAGAACAAGACACUGAACAGCAAAGCUCUGCAGACCUGCACCACACACCUGACAGUGUACAUCAUCCUUUUGUUAUCUGGAAACAUCAUCAUCAUCCUCCAUCGUUUUCCUCACUUAUCAGAAGAGAGAAAGCUGGCAUCCAUCUUGUUCCAUGUGGUUCCUCCUUCAAUGAACACUGUUAUCUAUGGACUACAAAUCAAAGCAGUUAGGCAAAAAAUUAUGACUUCAUUUAACAGGAAGAAUUGA